CGCAGCCAAUCGGGAGCGGGGCGGCGCGCCCCGCCCCCCGGUCGCUAUAAGCGGCGGCUCGGGGGCGUUGUGGGGGGCUGCUGGCGGCGGGUCCGGUCGGGUGGGGCUGAGCGACGCGUGGUACCGCGCCGCCGCCGGCAUGGGCAACACCGUGGCUCGGGAGGACUUCGAGUGGGUCUACACGGACCAGCCGCACGCCGACCGCCGCAAGGAGAUCCUGGCUAAGCAUCCAGAGAUAAAAGCACUGAUGAAGCCAGAUAACAGUUUGAUCUGGGUGGUUCUGCUGAUGGUUCUUGCGCAGUUGGUUGCCUUUUAUCUAGUUAAAGACUUGGACUGGAAAUGGGUAAUCUUCUGGGCAUAUGCUUUUGGAAGCUGUAUUAGCCACUCCAUGACUUUGGCAAUUCAUGAGAUCUCCCACAAUGGUGCCUUUGGCAACAACAAAGCGAUGUGGAAUCGGUGGUUUGGAAUAUUUGCCAACCUGCCUCUUGGUAUCCCGUACUCCAUAUCCUUCAAGAGAUACCACAUGGAUCAUCAUCGCUAUUUAGGAGGGGAUGGAAUUGACGUGGACAUUCCUACCAACUUUGAAGGCUGGUUUUUCUGCACGCGUUUUAGGAAGUUUGUGUGGAUUGUUCUUCAGCCUUUUUUCUAUGCGAUUAGACCUCUGUGCAUCAACCCCAAACCAAUCACUCACCUGGAAAUCAUCAACCUGUCAGCUCAGCUUUCUUUUGAUGUCUUGAUAUACUACUUAUGGGGAGCCAAAUCAGUUUGUUACAUGCUUGCAGGUUCGGUACUUGGACUUGGGUUGCACCCGAUUUCAGGACACUUCAUAGCUGAACAUUACAUGUUUUUAAAGGGACAUGAGACUUACUCCUAUUAUGGGCCACUUAACUUGCUCACUUUUAAUGUUGGCUAUCACAAUGAACACCAUGAUUUUCCCAAUAUUCCUGGCAAGAGCCUUCCACUGGUGAAGAAAAUAGCAGCUGAAUAUUAUGACAACCUGCCACAAUAUAACUCUUGGGUAAGAGUGCUUUACGACUUCGUGAUGGAUGAUACAAUCAGCCCAUAUUCACGCAUGAAAAGGCAAUUAAAGGGUGAAGUGAAACAAGAUUAAACUUCUGGCAACCAAAAAAACUUUGAAAUGUCUGCUUGCUUUAAAGUGGCUGGUACAAAGUCUCUUGCUAAAGAUGUUCACCUAUAACCUGAAUUAAGAUCUACAGCAACAUAGCAAUGCAUCCUUAAGGACUUGGUGACAAAGUAGACUACCAGCUGUAACAUUCCUAGCAGUUUUCAAAUCAUUGUAUUAAUGUAUAUAUGUUUGCCUAAGGAUCAGUGUUACAUGAAUAAUACCAAAUCACUUUGUUACAGGAUUUACUUUGGCAGGUAUUAAAUCUGUACAAAAUAUGUUUGACUCUUUAAAACAGUAAAAAGUUCUCAAUAUAGUAACUGUCCACAAACAUGCUGUUGUUUAACUGUAGUGUUAAAUGCUGUACUUAACCUGUUAAUUCUAAACUAACAUGAUUUGUUAACUUAAAUCUUCUGAUUGAACUUGCUUCCUAAUUCAAGGGUGGGAGAACAAAAUUUGCAAAGAAAUAUUUCAAACUGCCUUUAAAUAUGUAACAUGUCACUUUUAAAGCAUUACUUGAACAUGGUCCACUUGUGCUACUGAAAGUACCUUAAAGGAGCAAUCCAUCACUUAAAAUGAAACUGACACAUUCUAUGUAGUUUGUGUGACUUUCUUCUAAAAGAGUAGGAAAUUGAGAGGCAUCUUUAACUUUGUGGGUCCCUGCCUACUUCCUCAGCUGCAUGUGUCAGCAUGCAACUCUGCAGCAACUAGUAUUUAGAGCCUUACUGUGUAAGCCUGCUAGGCAACUUACUUAACUCAUUAGGCUUUUGUAUAUUGGAAAAAGUCUUGUUGCUAAGAUUUGGGGUUUUUUGUGAUCUGCAAAGAAAAAAGAAUAGGCUUGUCCUAGUUGGUCCUGCUGUUACCAUGACUUUAAAUGAACUCUUAUUUCUUGUUUGGAAAUUUGGCUUGUGUGGGAAAACUUAAUCAACUGAAGCAGAUACUGUUCUGGUAAACAAUGCUAGCUAUAACUGUUGGCAACUAGCUUUUAGGCAUGUCAGGCAUUUGUGUACACAGAAUGGUGUUGCUAAAUGAUCUUGCUUUUUUAAUUUUUUAAACUUACAGUACCCUACAUAGACACUGGUCUUGUAUAUUAAAAUGUGUUGAGAGCAGAGUUGUGAUACCACUGAAUUUUCUGUUAAAGAAGUUCUUACAUUGGAACAGAGAAUGGAUAGACUUGCUGAGCACUGAAGAAUCUCUACAUGUCAGCCCAGUAUUUUUGUCCUCUGUUAGCCAAUACAUUGGCUUUAAGCUGUCAGACCAGUACAAAACCCCUUAAACACAAAAUGGUGAUUCUGUGAUAUGCUCUUCACUUACCUAAAAGAUGGAGUCUGGUGAAAGUUGUCAACUGUUUUCUACUGUAAGUAUUUUAAUUUUUAGAUGCCUUAACUUCUGCAUUUCUUCAAGGCUUGGAAGAAGCUGAGUGCCAGACAUCCUAACCCUUGCUUGAUUGCAAUUCGGUCCUUAAUGUGUUGCUGGGGAUUUUUAUUUGGUUUUUGUUUGUUUAAAGCCUGGCCCUUAUCUCUAGCUAAGCAAUAGAAAUGGUAUAAAUACAGUCUCCUUAUGAAAGUGUGCCAGCCACUUAAAGUGACUUUAUCAUGCUAGUGACAUGAUAGCUAGCCAGCAUAUAUUGCUCAGGAGAGAUGUAUGUCAAAAUAUACUUUAUCCAAUAUUUUAAAAUCUAAUUAAAAGCAAAGAUUAAAAAGUAACAUUGGGUGGAUUUUUGUUUGGUCCUCUAAUGCUGAAGGGCUUAAGGUUUUAGAGGAAUUUAAUAUUAUGAAAGCAGAUGCAAGUAGACCUGUCCUCUUGAAUAGUGUUGUGGAAUGAAUUGUAAAGAAUCACUGCCUUUACUUACUGUUUGGAAGAAAACUAGCGUUUGAAAGACUCAGACUGAUUUGCAACUUUUUAAACAUCUCAGUCCCUUUUCCAUGGCUGUUCCUCAAUUUAAGAAGUGAAUGGUAACACUCUUCAAUGUUGAAGACUUACCAUAGCUGAAUGAAGUAUGGAAAGCCUCCAAAAGUAACUUUUAGAGCCAUGUUAUUUCUCAGUUUUAGCUUUUAGCUAGCUUAGGUAUUCAUCCGGGAUAACUGAGGGCUUUGAGUUGAAGUUUUGUCCUUAGGCUUAGUUACCUACAUCAUGGAAUCACUGAUGCCCCUUACUGUCACUCCCAGAGGACAGUGCAAGUACAGAUUUCUGCUUCUAAACAGGCCUGGAGCUGCUACUUCUCUUGUUCAAAAGCAAAACAUUGAUUUAGGUUAUUCUGACUGUGAACUUCCCUCUCUGAAUGCAAGCACAGUGUUAUCACUGUAAGAGCAGUAAAGUAGGGAAUUCUGAGGGAGAUAUCUAUCUUGUCACAUUCUUCCUGGAACAUGUGCUAAUGGCUACCUACUGGAGAGCAUCUAUUGGACUAGGUUAACCUUUGCCAGUAAAAGUUAUCUUUGGAGCUAAACUAUGCUCUCAUUCUUGCAGGCACUGGUAAGUACCAUUCUUAGGCAUCUACUUUCUAUGCAUUAUGUUAGAAGCCUCAUCUAACUUCUGGAGUAGGGAUCCUGCCAGAAGCAGAUCAUCUGAAAGAGAUACCUAUACUGCAACAUUGUUUUAUUUUUAAAGGGAGUCAGGAACACUUCUGAAUGACUGGCAAAAGGAAUAUAGGGCAGCUGUAGUGCUUGACUUGUUUGAUAUAUUCUAAAUGAAUAACUCUUUGCAAUUGCACUUAAAAGGUGUUCAGUCCAAAGGCAUGGCUCAAAACACAUAUAAAAACCUUAGUUCUUCAUACAUACAGAACCUAGUUAUCAUUUUCAAAGAAUUAAAUAGUUUUCAUUAAUGCUAUUAAAAUGUACCUGGCAGAAACAGCUUAGUAUAACUUUUUUUACUAGUUAACCUGAAAUUUGGAGGAAGCUUUAACUUAACUGGUGAUGAACAAACUGAACCUAAGGGCAUUAAGGACCUGACUAUUGACUUAAUUACCACUUUUUUUUUAAACUGGAUUCAGAUGGAGUUAGCUAACUGUCCUUUGUACAUGCUUGUUAGGGUUUAUUCCUUUCUGUACAACUAAUGCAUCUCUCUAGUUUCUCAGUGGGACCCAUCCUCCCCUUUCUUUAUGUGAAAUCAGCCUGGAGUUUAACUGUCAAAACACAACUGACUGGGUCAACUGUGCUGGGUACAUCAUCAAGUAUUUUUGCUGUAAUUCAAUUGUUUAGGGUUCUGAAUCCCCUUCAGGGCUUUCAAAGUAACUUGCAGUUUUCAGCAUAAACUGCCUUAUGUGACUUUUACCCCUUAAUUAUUUGAAAUUGCUCAAGUGGAAUAAGCAAUGCAUCUUGGAAUCUGAUCAUACUAGGCAUGGGUUUUCCCACCGGACAGCCAAGGAUAUACUCCUCUUUCAAAAGAAGUUCUGCCUCUGGCAUUCUUGUUUUGCUGUUGAACCGGUCUGCUCCAGAACAGUGGCCAAUUAUCAUGUGUUGAAUGGGUACAUCUUACUUGCUUGUACAACUCCAAUUUUGUAUCUAGGCAAGUAUCUUCAUCUAGAACCACAUGUCAAUUGAGAAAUAGCUAUGACUUCUGCUUCUGUAUCUGUCUCUAAAUACUUCUGCAGCCACUGAGCAACUAAACAACUUAGAAGUAUAAAUGCUAAGAAAUCUGUCACAGUAAACUGUGUUAGAGAAUGAGCUUAGUGGUGCACCUCUGCUUCCUUGCUGUGUAUUCUAGUAUCAGAUGCAAGUGACAUGCUACAGUAAGAAAAGCAAAACAGCUUUAAAAUUCCAACAGCCAAUAAUAUAGUGUGAUGCUGCUCACUUGUCUGGUCACUGACAAGUUGUCUUAUUAAAAUGUCAAUGUUAUGGAUGAAGUUUCAAGCUGCCAUACUAAUCCAGUUGGACAACUGGAGAAAAGCUGCUUUCAGGUUGCAAUCUUGCUUGAUAAGUGGUACAAGAUAAACACAGCACUCCUUCCUAAUUUGAAAGUCUCAGACUUGCAGCAGAGCAAGUUCUGCUCUUUUAGCUUACCUAUUGCAAAGCACAGCCUCUUCUGGAUCUGCCAAGAUUGUUUUCCUGGGACCUUGUACAAGUAGAAGCAAUUUGAUGAAUGAGUGUGUGUCUACAAUGUAGCUAGGCAUCAUAUAGUUGCAUAUGCAGGGUGGCAGGUUGCUAUCUCUCUUCUCUGUUAAACCCUCCAUUUCAUAAUCAAACCAGCAAUGGUACACAAGACUUCAGUGAGGACAAAAAUGUUGAAAAUGUUUUAUAUUCAGCCAGUGAUGAAGACAAUGCUGGGGGCGUCUCUUUUUCUCCCUCUGCCGAUGGCUCCCUGCACUACUUCGGCCCCUUAUGCUUAAGUUGGCAUCUACUACGCUCUGGUACAGAAUCAUUAUUGUGAUUUAGAUAUGUGGCUAGCCUCAGGAAAGGGGAGAGAGGAAUGAUGUGCUGAACAAUUUUUUGGUCUUCACUCAACGGAAACAAGAUGACUAGAGGGAAAACUUCCUCUGAGGCAUGUCAGAACAAAGCUGUGGUCUCUGUAUUAUAUGAAGUCUUGUUUCUUAAAAUGAUGCUCAUUUUCUGUGUACAAGCACAAGUUAUCUUGCAUUCUAUCUCUUACCAAGUUUUUUAUCAUGACUAGUGUAGUCUAAGCAGAAUUUCCCACAAGAAAAAGCAAGUGUGGGCACAGCACUUCUUGUGUGAACAGUCAGCUAGAGUUCAGUUGUGUAGGCAGAUACUCUAGCCUGUGUCUUGACACACAAUUCAUAGAAUAAUCUAAGUUGGAAGGGACUGCUGGAAUUCAUCUCGGUCUCCCUCUCAAACCAAAGCCAAUCCUGAAGUUAGAUCAGGUUGUUCAGAGUUGCAACCAGUCAAACUUUGAAUUCAUGGCAAUCUGUUACAUUAAAUCAGUUAUUUUAUGCUGACAAAAAUCAGAUUUGAGUAGGAGACUAAUCUCCUUCCUCUGAGCAUUAAAGCAAGUAGGGGGGGAUGCUUACAGAGCAAACUAUUGCUUACAAAAACUACUGUUUUCACAUGGAAAUAGUGCUAGUUUAAGAAGUACUUGAAAUUCAGUGCUAGCAAACUUAAAACUAUGUAACUUGCUAGCAAAAAAAAAAAAAUCCCUUUCCUUUUCUGAUGCUUGUACUGCUUUUAGGAAGAGUAAUGCUGAUCAAAGAUUGUAACUGAGAUUAAUGGUGCUUUAAACAGCUCUUCUAAGUAAAGAACUCUUUAAAAUGAUGACAGCAGUAAAAAUGCAUGAAGGCUUCUGGGUUUCAGAAGCUGCUUGCCCAGUAUCUGUAGCACAGUGUUUUGUCUUGAGAUCCAGUAUCAGCAUACUGGAAAUGAUGUUAUGACCCUCUUUCCAAGGUGGAAUUCCUUGCAUUACAGAAAAAUGCAGCUCUCUGUAUUAUGACCUUACUGCAAGAGCAAAUAAGAAUAAAUGCAUCUGAUGAAGAACAUACUGAAAAACGCUAUCAGGCUGAUUCUUGGCAGCAUUUUAACCACAUCAGGAGCCAAGCAAAUCUAAAAAUCUGUUAAUACAUUGUAAUGAACAUAAAAAGAAUGAGGUGAGGUGUGUGGGGUUUUUAAGUUCACUUUUACAAACCAAGAUCAUUUUUCUUGGUUGUGAGGUAAUACGUUACUAUUAACAGCUUUGGGGGAAAAAAAUCUCUGCUUGAGACUUAAUCUGCUUCUUAGAAUAGUAUGAUUUUCCUCCCUCUAGAGGGUUUGUCAAAACACUGUAAGCAAUUCAGAUCACUAAUAGGAUUUUUGUUGUUGCAGUUUUUGUCUAUUUUAAGAAUUAAGAACUGCCUUGUUAAGUAACUAAAUUUUCUUAAAUGCCAUUAAAUCAUAUACUAACAUUCUUCAGAUUUCCAGGCUCUAUUCUCUUAGAUUACAUUAAAACAGCUUGCCAUCUGAGGCUGGUUUCUUUUGACAAUGUAAAAGGAAAUUUUAAGAAACUCUGAGAGCCUGCUCUGGCACAAUCAUCAUGUGUCGUCAUAUUUCGGAAAGACAUGAUUAACAGUAUGAUAACAUAGUGUAGCACUUUCCUAAUCUAGUCUCACAGCUCUGUUCUUGCAGUAAUUCUUAAGAGUCCUUGUUCCUGAAAACAGCUAUUUUCAUUUAUGGCUAAGAACAGGUAUUUGAGCAGAGUAACACUUUGAAGGGUUAGGCUCUCUGUAUAUGAAGGAUCUCUGAUUAAGGGCACCAAAUAUAAUCAAAAUGGUUUUAACCCUAAAGAUUCAAUAUUUAUUUUUAGCCAAAAUAGUGAUAAGUAAAAAGGGAAAGUGUGUUUUUUCUACCUCUUAUUCUGGAAGUAGUUAAAUUAAGGAUCACUUAGAGCAGUAGGUUACAACGACCUUUUAUCAGCUGCAGAUUAAAAUGUCAAAGAUCUGGUACAGCUUCUCUUGAAGUCAGGCACAGGUAUUAUGAAUUCUCCACCACCGUACAGUAAGUUUCUUUUGGGAAUUGUCCAAAUGUAUCAUCUGUGCAGUGACUGACGCAGUUCUUCAUACAGUAUUUGAUCCUAACAGUGCCAAGAUAAGAGAGAGGACAGACUUCAGCAGACUAAAAAUAAAUGCAAUAUUGUGACUUUACAUAUGUUAUUUAAUGAGAAAAUGAAGUAAACCAACUAUGCAAGCCACUAGCUAUAGUUUUGUUUUAGAAAUAUUUAGGAACAAAAAGCUAAUUAGAGGUGAACACCCGCCCGCUAUAAAUGAGGUCCUCCGGUAACAGUCACCAGCAAUAUAUAAUUAACAAAAGCCUUUGGGGCAGAGCUCUUAUAUUUCAUACUACCCUGUUAGCCUUAGAACACAGUUUUACUAAAAAGCUACUGCCUUAUUUGUCAGUGGAGAUACUCUCCAAUCUGCUUCUGCAAAAAUAAGCCUGCUUUACAAAGAUCUACUAUUUAAACUUUGUAUACAAUCUAGCUGUUUUAACUGUAACUGUUCUUAAUCCUUUUCACAAGUCACUCACAAUGAUGGUUUUGAGGAAGUGAGUAAUUUGGGACAUUAACUUCCACUGACAAAACUGAAUACAAAAGCUGGCAUUUCUCCAUAGCUUUAGAAAAACUUAUUUUGAUUUCUCUCAAAUCUACCAACCAAUUAAGCCAAAAGCAAGCCAACUGAAAUCAGGUACAUACAGGAGGGAAAAGGAGAAUAAGUUUAAAUGGGGCACUGAAUUAGUGAGAUGCAGCUUUUUGUGGUUUCUGAUCUUCACAGGAGAAUGCAUGUAGACUUUUUGCUUUGUCAGAUCAGACUUGUCUGCCAGACAAGAAGUAGGAACUCAAAAUGGGAGUAUUCCAUUUGUACUCCAAAAGAUAUUUCAAAAUAUUUAACUGAAAAUUCUCCAGCUGAAUUUAAUUGAAAUACAGGGCUCCAAGAUAUGUCAUUCUGCAUCUCAAAAACUGUUUAAAUAUUACAUUUCUGGUUAACUCUUAAAAGCCAGAGAGAGUAUGUCCUAAUACUUACCAGUCAUUGCUGUGUUAGAGGAGGUGUAUAAAUGCUCAUCUGUUGUUCCUGAACAACUUUCUUAGUGAUUAGCAAAGGGGGGGGGGGGGGGGGGACGGUGGAGAGGGAACUUUUCAAGAGGUUUGGAGUCAGAGAUCACCUUUAAGUUAUUUUGGAAAAUAACUCUAGGUUACCAUCAACACUUAUGUAAUAAUACUGAAAGGGAAUAGUUACCUGUUCUCUGGCUAGUGUUUAAAGCGAACAUAUUAAUGUAUUUUGACUAAAAUAUACUCUGUCAGCAAUACACAAACCUAUACAUAGAGAAGCUCUGCAGCAUAACUGCUACAUUUGCUAACUUCUCAGUGAUUGAAAUGAUUGAAGAGCUUACCUUUCAGGCAGUGAAAAAAACAGGCCAUAAAGUGACUGUUAAAACACAAACUUCCUUUCCAAAUGCAAAUCAUGGAAAGACUGAUUAAAUUACUAAAAUUAUAAAGUGUUUUUUAUGUCUUAUCUCAGAAUGUCUUCUCAUUAGAUGUCUCCUCAUCAUGGAGGAGAAAAGGUGGUGGCAAAGUGAGCUGCAGUCUAAAAGCCUUUACUUUUAACUGAAAACUCCACAGGUGAAAGAGGUUAGAGCCAGGUCAAUAACUAAUCUGGAAAUGUCAAUGAAAAGUCCAAGAUGCUAAACCUAAAGAUUACCAUGCUGUCAAGGUUAUCAGUCUACCCAGAAUGUUGCUAUGUAUCAUCUGCAGCUAAAAAAUGGAAACUUUAGUUUCUAAACUUGUGAAAAGCACUUAUUUUUUUUAAAAGCAGAAAUAGGGCUAGUGUCAUUCAUUUCACACAUAUAGAAGUAUACUCUAACCUUAACUGUUCCCACCAGUCACUAGCAUAUAAAGAAUAUCCUUUCCAGAAGGGACCAGUCUUUACUUGAAGCUUUUCUCACCUUUUUUGAUACUGAGGAUUUCACUUUCCUAAAAGCUUCUUCAAAGUGUUUAUGGCAAAUCUUGAUUUCUCCUUAAAGAACAAAGCACAAUAAAUUACUAUAUGAAAUUGCAGGCAACUGACAAUCAGGUGAUUUCUUUUGCAUGAAUUUCAAGUAACCAUUCAUGAAACCUAACUGUAUGUGCUACAGUCUUUUGGAUGAGAUCUAAGUAGUGUCAUGAACACCUGAAGUUUUAUAUUACUUUUAUUGUAGGCUCCUAUCUAUGAUCUUAGGCAAGUUCUUAACCUGUACCUUAUGCCAAAGUACUUUUGUUUGUUUGUAUUAACAUUUUCACCUGCAGAUUGAAAAUAAAAUUCCUAAAGAUACUCAUUUAACUACAGCUUACAUCAAAACCCGUUAGAAUUCAAGUACCUUUACCCUUUGGGAAGUGAAUUUCUCAAGUUCCAUUGCUUCCCAUUUGGGGCUUUAUUUUCUGAACACGUUUAAUACUCAAUGUCCCUACAGAGUAUUUUUCAAAAAUACCUAGAAAAUCUUUUGUAUCAUCCCCAUUUCACUACAGGAUGUUCAAUUCCUAAAUAAUUCACUUCAUAUCAGCCCUCUGUUUGGCAUUAUGCAGAUGUGAUGAAAGUUUUGUCUUCACUUUUUCAAUUGCCUAUCUUUAAGUUUAUCCAUAUCUCUUUUUUCCUCAUGCAGCCAUCCGCAGUAAUUAUUUCUAAUCAUACUUUUGGAAGAGGAUUUCCCCCUCCCCCUUCUCCUUAGAAGUCUGCUAAUGUGUAAGCAUACCUCAAAUAAGCAAACAUUUCCUCUGUUCUCACAAGCAAGUACUUUGUUUAGCUUAGGCAUAAGAAUCCCAAAAUACCACUGCUAUAUUUCCCGUCUACUCAGCCCUGGUGAGGCCACAUCUGGAGUACUGUGUCCAGUGCUGGGCUCUGCAGUAUGAGAAAGACAUGGAGCUACUGCAGCAAGUCCAGCAAAGGGCUGCUAGGAUGAUUAAGGGGCUGGAGCAUCUCUCAUACCAGGAAAGGCUGAGAGAACUGGGACUGUUUAGCCUGGAGAAGAAAAGACUUAGGGGAGAAUCUUAUCAAUAUGUAAGUAUCCAAAGGGAGGGUGUAGAGAGGGUGGGGCCAAGCUCUUCUCAGUGGUGCCCAGUGACAGGAUGAGAGGUAAUGGGUACAAACUGAAACAAAGGAAGGUCCCUCUAAACAUAAGGGAAAACUUCUUUACUGCAAGGGUAACAGCACUGGAACAGGUCGCCUGGUCUCCAUCCUUGGAGAUAUUCAGAAGCUGUCUGGACAGGGUCCUGUGCAGUGUGCCCUAGGUGACCCUGCUUGAGCAGGGGAGUUGGACUAGAUGAUCUCCAGAGGUCUCUUCCAACCUCAACCAUUCUAUGAUAUACAGAAGCAGUGCAAUAACAGUAUCAUGCACAGGUAUCAGCUAUCCUGGAGGAGAUAAACAGAGGUAUCUCUUUAGAGAUUUUGGUCUAUAUUUUUUAUGUAUUCCAUUAAGACACUUUUUGCUUCCACAGGUAUGUAUUGCCACUACCUUUGCUUACAUGUUUGUAAUGUGAAAGGAAUAUGUGGACAUUAAAGAACUGUUAACCAAGA